CGGCCGUGAACCCAGCCCGGGGAAGGGCGAGAAGGGAGUAAACGCGCGCGAGGGGCGGACCUGAGGAGAGCGGCGCGGACCUGCAGGCGGACCCCGGGACCUAGGGACUUGCCGGAGAACGGGAGCCGAGCGGGACAGGGCGGAGCCCGGGGAGAGGGCACUGAAGCGGGCACGGCAGGAGGAUGCUGAGGACCGAGCUCCUGAAGAGAGACCUGCAGUCAGUCAGUCCGCUGCAGCUCCACAACUGAGGGCAGGACCCGAGCCCGGACCGAGGGGCAAGGAGCGCGGCAAAGCAGGAGCUCGGCGGGAGGGCUGGAGUUGGGGAAAGGGGGGAACGAGCCACGGGAGACCGCAGGGCAGAGUCCUGUCCGAGGGGGCGAGCUGGGGUGCGCGGAGCCCUGCGGUGGGCACAGGGUGGCCGGAGGCGGCGGAUGCAGGAGACCGCAGACCCCGGGGGCGAAGGCCGGGAUAGAGCGGGCUGCGCUGGGCGCAGAGGGCAGGUCCUGGAUUUGGAGCCGGGACUGAGGCGGGGAGUGAGAGGGAGAGACCAAGGAAGAGGAGGAAGAUUCCUGGCGGUGCGCGCGUUGGGAGUGGGAGACCUGAGAGACACACCUCGAGCUGAGGAAGGGGCAGAGAAGCCGACCAAGGGCGAGUGAACGGCUGGGCUGCCCACGUGCCCGCCUUGCCCCGGAGGGUGUGCACGCAGAGCUCGGGGUCUGCCGGCUUGGCUGCCCGGAGCUCCGUCACCACCACUCUGUUUCCACAGUGGGUGUAACGGGCUCACCUCACAGGAGAGGGGUGCAAAUUGAGUCCCUUCUCCUCCCACCUCAAGUUCUCAGCAGACAUUGCUCUGGGCACUGUUCUCUCCCCUCUUAGCUCCGAAGAAGCGGGAUAUCGCGGCAGCAUCUAGGAGAAACUUUGUCCUCCGGUUGCUAUACCGGGAUUGGAGCGGGGAGCAGAAGCAGCUGAAAUGCAGGUCUUGGGGAAGAUGGGUAGGGAUUUGAAGGGGCGUGACCCUCAAAUGUCCUAAUAGGAAUUACGCAGCCCUGAGGGUGGGGAAAACCCCCCUAACCCCAGCCCUCCUCCUCCCUCCUUUCUCCCCACCCACUGCCUGGUCUCCUCUCAGCCAGGGAGGGCGCUGGUCUGUUGGGAAGGGGCCAGCUCAGGGAUCGCUAGCUUCACGGAAAUGUGAGGAGGGGGUCUGUGGCUGCCUUUUCAGCUCAGGUCUUGGCCACUCUGCUGAACUGGCCUUUGCUGUGGAGCCAAGCGAUGAUGUUGCAGUCCCUGGGCAGCCCGUGGUACUGGGCUGCAGGGUGGAGGGGACCCCUCCAGUGCGAAUCACCUGGCGGAAGAAUGGGGUGGAGCUGCCAGAGAGUACCCACUCUACCGUGCUGGCAAAUGGGUCCUUGAUGAUCCGCCACUUCCUGCUGGAUCAAGGAGGCAGCCCUUCAGAUGAGGGUGACUAUGAGUGUGUGGCUCAGAACCGCUUUGGGCUGGUGGUUAGCCGGAAGGCUCGAAUCCAGGCAGCAACUAUGUCAGACUUCCACGUACAUCCCCAGGCCACGGUGGGUGAGGAGGGCGGCGUGGCCCGCUUCCAGUGCCAAAUCCACGGGCUUCCGAAACCCCUGAUCACCUGGCAGAAGAACAGAGUCCCCAUUGACACAGACAAUGAGAGGUACACACUGCUGCCCAAGGGCGUCUUGCAGAUCACAGGCCUGCAGGCUGAGGACAGCGGCAUCUUCCACUGUGUGGCCUCAAACAUCGCCAGUGUCCGGGUCAGCCACGGGGCCAGGCUCACUGUGUCAGGCUCGGGCUCUGGGGCCUACAAGGAGCCUACGAUCCUCGUGGGGCCUGAGAACCUCACCCUGACGGUGCACCAGACAGCCGUGCUCGAGUGUGUCGCCACGGGCAACCCUCGCCCCAUUGUGUCCUGGAGCCGCCUGGAUGGCCGUCCCAUUGGGGUGGAGGGCAUCCAGGUGCUGGGCACGGGGAACCUCAUCAUCUCAGACGUGUCGGUCCAGCAUUCAGGUGUCUACGUCUGUGCAGCCAACAGGCCUGGCACCCGGGUGAGGAGGACGGCACAGGGGCGGCUGGUGGUGCAAGCACCAGCAGAGUUUGUCCAGCACCCCCAGUCCAUCUCCAGGCCGGCUGGGACCACAGCCAUGUUCACCUGCCAAGCCCAGGGUGAGCCGCCCCCUCACGUCACAUGGUUGAAGAACGGGCAGGUGCUGGGCCCCGGAGGCCACGUCAGGCUCAAGAAUAAUAACAGCACCCUGACCAUUUCUGGAAUCGGCCCUGAAGAUGAGGCCAUCUACCAGUGCGUGGCUGAGAACAGCGCUGGCUCCUCUCAGGCCAGUGCCAGGCUGACCGUGCUGUGGGCCGAGGGGCUGCCUGGGCCCCCCCUCAAUGUGCAAGCGGUCUCCGUGUCAUCCACCGAGGUCCGAGUGUCAUGGACUGAGCCCGUGGUCAACACCAAGGAGAUCAUCGGCUAUGUCCUGCACAUCAGGAAGGCUGCCGAUCCGCCGGAGCUGGAGUAUCAGGAAGCAGUCAGCAAGAGCACCUUUCAGCACCUGGUGAGCGACCUGGAGCCCUCUACUGCCUACAGCUUCUACAUCAAGGCCUACACACCCCGGGGGGCUAGCUCGGCCUCUGCCCCCACGCUGGCCAGCACUCUAGGUGAAGCCCCUGCCCCACCCCCACUGUCGGUGCGGGUCCUGGGCAGCUCCACCCUGCAGCUGCUGUGGGAGCCCUGGCCCCGGCUGGCCCAGCACGAGGGCGGCUUCAAGCUGUUUUACCGCCCAGCAAGCAAGACCUCCUUCACUGGCCCCAUCCUGCUGCCGGGGACUGUCUCCUCCUACAACCUCAGCCAGCUCGACCCCACUGCAGUGUACGAGGUGAAGCUGCUUGCCUACAACCAGCACGGGGAAGGCAAUGCCACAGUCCGCUUCGUGUCUUUGAGGGGAGCAUCUGAGAGGACAGCCCUGAGCCCACCGUGUGACUGCCGGAAGGAAGAAGCCACCAACCAGACGUCCACCACAGGCAUCGUCAUCGGCAUCCACAUUGGGGUCACCUGUAUCAUCUUCUGUGUCCUCUUCCUCUUAUUCGGCCAAAGGGGCAGGGUCCUCUUAUGUAAGGAUGUGGAAAACCAGCUCUCCCCUCCUCAGGGCCCCAGGAGCCAGAGGGACCCUGGCGUUCUGGGACUGAAUGGGGCAGGAUGGGGAGAAUUGGGUCCGCUGGGCCGAGAUGAGAAACGUGUGGACGUGAAGGAACUGGAGCAGCUGUUCCCCCGAGCAGGGGCCGUGGGGCAGCCGCACCCCAGGCCUCACCCAAGACCCAUGGAUCCCGAGGCCCCUGCCCUGUGCGAGGAGACCCAGCUCUCCAUGCUGUCCCUUCAGAGGUGUGGUGUCCUGGAGGAGAUGGCAUCGGAGGCCAAGGCCCCCUGCGUGGGCCCCCCUGCUGCCCUGCCACCCCAGGACAGAGACCCUGGCCUCCUGAGUGAAGGACCAGCUGCCCAGCCAGCUCACUCAGGCCAGUAGCCAGUGUCCGGCCCUUGAAGGAGCAACCACCCCAUUCUCAGGUCAAAGGCAAGAUUUCUCCUGUCAUGUGGGAUUCGGAUGGGGGCUUCCCAGCAUUUCUGUCCUGCCUGUUCCUCAGAUUGUCAAGAUCUACAGUUGCCUUGGCAGGGAACCCCUCCAAGGACCCAGAGGGGAUCCUGCGGGAGCACACCCCCCCACCAGGUGAAGCCCCCCUCCCCUGUCGCCACCUCUGCUGGAACCCACAUGACGUGGAACUGAACUAAUAUUUUCCUUUAAAAAAAUAACACACUUAAAAGUCCAAAAAAAAAAAAAAAAAAAAAAAAAAAGAAGAAGAAAGAGGAAGGUGAAUUAGACUCCAAAAAUACGCCCCUGCUGUGGGACUCUGACACUGUCACCCUCCAUGCCCUUGUCUUCUCAGGAUAGAUGUUUGCUGUUUUGGCUCUCAGCACCUACCUCAGCCGGAAUGAAUGUCCUUGGGGGUGUGGGGUUGUGGCCUCAGCCCCCUGCCCCACAGAGCCCUGAAUGCACUCCUACCUCAAGCCCCUUGAGGGGCAUCCCCUCCACCCACCCACCCCCACAUUGUUAUCCAGAGUUUUUUUAAAAAAGGGAAAAAAAAAAAAAAAAAAAAAAAAAAAGCACUUCCCCAUUUCCAGGUGUGAAAGAAAAUGUCUACCUCGAGGCUCGCUGGCUCUCGGGCCUGUGCUGUGUCCCUGGACCCUGCCUCCUAGGGCUCCUCACCAAGGGUGGGCCUCUCGGGGCCUGCCGAAAUAAAGAUGGAAUUGGUCAAAGAACGUUUUUUGAAAAAGCCAAAAAUAAGAGGAAAAUUCAUUUCUGGGAGUAUAAAUUGUUACUCGAACUAGCCACCUCCCAGCAUGCUGCCAGCGCCCCGUCUCGUCUGUUUGUCCACUCCCGUGGGGACUCUGUGUCAGCCAGCUCUUCCUUGACGGGGACCCCCAGGACCCUCUAUGCCCCUGGGCCCAGAGAGGGUGAGACGGUCACCCCGCAGCCUGCCUCCUGUCCCACCCAGACACAGAGCCGUGGGGGCAGGCUGGCCCUUGGAAUGUACUGUGUGUGCCGGGUGUGCGUGUGCAAGGGCAGGUCCCCAGCCCUCUGUCCUAUGGGACACCGCCAGCCUGACCCACUCCCUGGACCGUGGAACAACCACUGUCAGCAGAUGUGGCCGGAAGCUAUUUUUCUACAAGGUGUGUUUAAGGAUUUAUGUUCUUGUGACUUCUUGUUUUUCUCUUUUCUAUUGUGUUGUUCUUUGAAAGGCUUAGUUAAAAGAUGGAAAACAAACAAACGAAAAAAAAAAACAAAAACAAAAAAACAAGGAAACAAAUACCUAUUUUUGGUUAUGCUCAGAAACAUUUUUUUAAAUAGCAGAAAGAAAACUUUUUUUUAAAGAAAAAAAAAAGUGUAUUCCUUAAGUAUGAGAUUAGACCAUAACAUUCCCUGACUCCCAACCCUCUAGGGACCCCACCCCAAACUUUAGUUCAUUAGCUGAAGAAAGUAGCCUCAGUGUUAUUAGAAGACUGCAGUCUUGUCCAUAAGGACUCAGGGAAGGGCAUUGUCCCUUCUUCCUAAUGCUGAGCCCAAGCCCAGGGUGCCGCAAACCUCCCAGGCAGUGCCCCUCAGUCCCACAGUGACUUCUCUGCACCCCCUUCAUCCUGGAACCCCCUCUCCCAUGGGAAGGGUGUGUCUGGAGGAGAGGGGGGGGCCGCCUGGCCUGUCUUGGGUUUUGUCACACUCAUUUUGACUGAAUAAAAGUCCUGUUGCCAAAGUGAA